ACCGAUAAAUUCGUAAAUUUAACACGAUAAAACCAAAGCCGAACGGAAGGUACCGAUGAAGACAGGACGAGUUUUUCAGCUUCUAUAAAUAAAUCCAGAGUCCACACAAACUAAACAUAGAUAAACUACCGCAACUCAGUGAGUUACUGAGUUUUAAAUCCGCUCCACUGAGUGACGCCAAUUCGUGAUCAUGACGCAGCUCGACAUCAAUUCAAUAGCGUCGUUGAUCGGGGUCUCAGUCCCCGUAUGUCGAUUUCUUUUAUGCUUCGUGGCCACGAUUCCUGUGAGUUUUCUGUGGCGAGUAGUCCCGGGUCGACAUGGGAAACACGUGUACGCCGCCACUUCUGGCGUGGUUUUAUCGUAUUUAUCAUUUGGAUUCUCUUCAAAUCUGCACUUUUUGGUGCCCAUGUUGUUGGGUUAUCUUUCAAUGAUAUUUUUUCGGGCUAAGUGUGGAAUCAUUACGUUCUUCUUGGGCUUUGGUUAUCUCAUUGGCUGCCAUGUAUAUUAUAUGAGUGGAGAUGCAUGGAAGGAAGGAGGUAUUGAUGCCACUGGAGCCUUAAUGGUGUUAACACUGAAAGUAAUUUCAUGUGCAAUAAAUUACAAUGACGGAUUAUUAAAAGAGGAGAAGUUACGUGAAGCUCAGAAGAAAAAUCGGCUGAUUAAGUUACCCUCGUUGAUUGAGUAUUUUGGUUACUGCCUCUGCUGUGGUAGUCACUUUUCUGGCCCAGUUUAUGAAAUGAAGGAUUAUCUUGAGUGGUCUGAAGCAAAAGGGAUAUGGAGCGGACCAUGGCCAUCACCUUACAUAGCAACGCUUCGAGCUAUUAUCCAAGCAGCUAUCUGCAUGGCCUUGUAUCUUUAUCUGGCACCUUAUCAUCCCUUGUCCCGAUUUACAGAGCCAAUAUACCAAGAAUGGGGGUUCUGGAAGCGACUAAGCUAUCAGUACACUUCUGGCUUUACAGCACGGUGGAAAUAUUAUUUCAUCUGGUCAAUUUCAGAGGCUGCAAUGAUUAUAUCUGGCCUGGGCUUCAGUGGUUGGACAGAGUCUUCACCAGCUAAGCCAAAAUGGGAUCGGGCACAAAAUGUUGACAUUUUAGGUGUUGAGCUUGCCAAGAGUUCAGUUGAAUUGCCACUUGUGUGGAACAUACAAGUCAGCACCUGGCUUCGUCAUUAUGUUUAUGAGAGGCUCAUUCAGAUGGGGAAGAAACCCGGAUUCUUUCAGUUGCUGGCUACACAAACUGUUAGUGCUGUUUGGCAUGGACUGUAUCCUGGGUACAUAAUAUUCUUUGUCCAGUCAGCAUUGAUGAUUGCUGGUUCAAGAGCCAUUUACAGAUGGCAACAAGCACUGCCUUCACAAAUGGCUCUUGCCAAGCAGAUAAUGGGAUUUCUCAACUUUGUUUACACAAUUCUGAUUCUGAACUAUUCCUGUGUUGGCUUCAUGGUAUUAAGCAUGCGCGAAACGCUUGCCUCGUAUGGAAGUGUGUAUUACGUAGGAACAGUUAUUCCCAUAGUAUUGAUUCUGCUGGGUUCAAUAAUCAAACCAGCAAGGCCUGCCAGAUCGAAAGUUCGGAAAGAGCAGUAAGAAUAAGAUAAAAACCACAGUUUCUUCUUUCAUGAGAUAGAAGAGCAGUCUAUGUUCUUUUUUAACUUUGUUACUUGAAGAGAUGUUUAACUCUUGUUUGGCAUUCUGUUAUGUUAGACUAUGUCGGUGCCCUGAUGAAAUUGAAAAUGUUACAAGGAAUAACUAUAUGAACAAUCUGAUAUGAUUAAUCAAAACUUAGGUUAAUUAUUAAAAUAAUAUAUAUAUCUUUUUUGC